CCGGAGAUAAGGGCAGAAAGGCGUCAUGUGCUGCGGGGUUAUGUAAGAAAGAUCCAGGCAUCAUCGUAGCACUUCCAAGUUUCCUGACGCUCUUGUGAGGAGCAGCCAUCUCAAAGGGAAAGAAGAAAGGAACAUUACAGCUGAAGCGGGUUUGCAUUCAAUAUGCCUGCUCCUAUUGCAAAGGGGAUCAUUGUGACGGUAUCCGUGCUGGUGGCAGCCGGAGUUGCUGUCUACCAGUCUCCACAGUUUCAACAAUGGGUGACUACCUCUCGACGUAAAAUCGCCUUGGCCUUGCACAAUCUGGGCGAUGAGAUUCAACCGCGUGACUCGUCCUCACCCACUCGAGAAGAUAUAUCCAUGACGGAAGAAGUUGGAGAGGCAGCAGAAGAACGCAGACGCAUUGCCAAAGCGGAGAUUAUGCGGCGGGCCUCCUUCCUAGAAUCCCGCCGGAAGAGCAAAGACUCUCAGGAACACCUUGGCAGCUUCGACACUCUUGUAGACGUGGAUGGAAAACUUCGCGGCUCAAGUAGUGAUCUCGAACAGUUGGAUGCUAACCGCGCCGGCCGCUCUACCGGUGUGGACACCGGUUGUUCGCAGCCUGUCCACCGAGGAGUGAAGUCCGACGAGACCGAUAGCCCACGUAUCGAACAACGUCAGCUCCAUCUCGAUAUUUUGUCUGAGACGACGUCCAACCAUCCCUCGGAGUCUAUCUUACAAUUUACACCAACCUCCGAAGUGCCAUCUGAACUACUUUUUGAUCCGUUCGCUGACUCCCCCAUACGAGCACUGACACCCGUGUCCGUCUCAGCAUCCAGCCACACUGAGGGCAACGACCAGGUUUACUAUGCUCACCCCGAUUUGCAAUCCAACUUUAACCAACCGCAAGAUUUGCUCACUGAGCUGGAGGAGAUCAGACAGGACAAUCAGUUUCAGCAUCCUGUUUCGUCGGCACCAUCGAUUGCUGGAAGCUAUGGUCACAUUGAUGGUUUUAAUGAUUCGUCGUCUGAUGGAACCCUAAGUGACUUGGGUGGGCACUCGGUAGGAGGUGUCGCAACUCCCGCUAGCUGGUCUGAGGUGGGGAGUGUAGUUAGCAACGAUGAUGCUGGUCAUCAUCCGCUCCUGUAAUUUCUUUGGUCACUACACGUUUUGGUCACUACACUUGGGGGUAUUGGAACAAGAUGGAUGGAUAGGACGGCGCUGGCAGGGUAUAGGGUGAUGGGAUCAAGAAUUUGCUUUCUUUUGUUCGUUUGGGGAAAGUGGCGCACGGUGUUGGCUUUACAGUGUUUCUAGUACACGCAACACCUAUUCAUAAGGCAAUAUUAACUAAAAUCAUGAUUCGACUGAUUUGCGUGUGCUUG